CAGAUUUUCCCGUUUCUCCCAUUUACAUUACAAACUGUUCUUUUUCUCUUUGAAUUUCUCCGCUGUUACUGAAGCUUCGCAAUACCCAUUCGAAUCCUCAACGAAUGGUUCCACUUAUGUUUCUGUAGACAUUCAUUUAAUCUUAGAUCACUAGGAGCGGGCGGUUAUCGGAAAGCUAUGGCAGCUGUUAAGGGAAAAUCUAAAGUGGGUUUAACCCAGGUCUUUGAAGAUGGCCAAGCUUGUAAAAAUGUGGACCGUAGAAAUUUUAAGGUUUUAUCGGACAUCGAGCAUCUCAAAAUAGGCGAUGAAGAGCUCAAAAAAACUGCAACAGAAGCCAGUGUGCAUGCAAGAAGGAGUGCUUUGGUAGCUAACAGAGGGUGUAUCUUGAAUACUGCCAAUAAUUCAAAGGGCGGCUUCAUAAGUAUGAAGAAAAGCAGUGGCAUAUACGGCAGUUCUGCAAAUAUGAAAGCGAGAAAGGCAUUGGCUGAUGUUAGCAAUAUUCAAGGCAACUCUUCCAGGAACAUUAAACAGGAUGCUUCUAAAAUGAAGGUUUUAGCCAGUACAGGCAGCAAGUUAAGCGAUGCCUCUUCAAGGAGGUCCCUUACGGGGAGACUGCAAAGGAAUAUAAGUCAAGUUGAAGUUCAGUUAGAUGCUUCCAAGAGAGGCACUAGUUCAAUGGCACCCUUAGGUGCUCAGAAGAUUAAUAAAAAUGGCGGAAGAUCAUCUGUUGCAACUGAGGGCAGGACUGUGAGGAAGUCUAUCUUACCAACAGUGACAAGGAGGUCUUUACCAGCGCCAAGGGGGGUCAAUAAGGAAGACAUGAGCAACAUAAAGGGUAAUGCUAGAAGUUCUGAUACUGCAGAGAAAAUAAGCAGAAUACCAAACAAGGCAGAAACAGUGAGAAAAGUUGGCCCCCAAUUAUCUAGUGCAAGAAGCCAUCUAAGGAAGACUCGAGCGACCGAUGGCCAUGUUCAUAUUAAUCCGGGAGCCAGGGUUAAAACCAAUGUUUUACAUACGUCCUCAAGGAAGUCCAUCAAGCCUCUUGUAAAGACCACACUUAAGGCUUCUAACGCUACAAGGACUUCAAAAUCUAAGUCCAAAUCAGCUGCUGCAAUUUCAUCACAGGAUGAUAAAACAGUUGCGUUGUCUCUCCAUGAGAAUAAUUUACCUCUGGUUUCCAAUGAGGCAAAUGAAAGGGAGCUUCCAUCUGUUGGAGACAGCAACUCCAGAAAAAAUUCGUUAGAGAUAAUUGGAAGGAAAAAGUCCACCCGUCGGAAAUCUUAUACGACUUUGUUACUGGAAAGAUCUAAGCUUCUCAAGGAAAGCGGUGAAAUAACUGAGCAAGAUAACCUACCAAAUAUCGACGAUGAAUGCAACCAACUAGAAGUUUCUGAGUAUAUUGAUGAAAUAUAUCGGUACUAUUGGGUCACUGAGGCUCAAACUUCGGCUCUGGCAAAUUACAUGUCAAUUCAGACAGACAUUACACCUCAUAUGCGGGGCAUAUUAAUAAACUGGUUAAUUGAAGUGCACUUGAAAUUUGAGUUGAUGCCGGAAACCCUGUAUCUCACCGUUUCAUUAUUGGAUCAAUAUCUAUCUCUAGUGACAAUUAAAAAGAAUGAAUUGCAGUUAGUUGGUCUUACUGCACUUUUGCUGGCCUCAAAAUAUGAGGAUUUUUGGCAUCCUCCGGUCAACGAUUUGACAAGCAUUUCAGUUGAAUCAUAUACAAGAGAACAAAUGCUUUUAAUGGAGAAGCUUAUUCUUAGAAAGUUGAAGUUCCGUCUUAAUGGCCCCACUCCUUAUGUUUUCAUGGUGAGGUUUUUGAAGGCUGCUCAGUCAGACAAGAAGCUGGAACAUUUGGCAUUCUGUCUCAUUGAACUGUGCCUAGUUGAAUAUGAAGCCUUGGCAUUCAAGUCUUCGCUGCUAUGUGCAUCCGCAAUCUAUGUUGCUCGCUGCACCCUGCAAAUUAACCCCCCGUGGACUCCGUUGCUUCAGAAACAUGCUCGUUAUGAAGUCUCCCAAUUAAGGGAUUGUGCAGAGAUGAUAUUGAAGUUCCAUAAAUCAGCUAGAACAGGAAAGCUCAUGGUUACAUAUGAAAAAUAUUCAAGGCCUGAACUCAGUGGUGUUGCAGCCCUGAAACCGUUGGACAGCCUUCCUCUGAUUUGAAUUGUGUAUUUGUGCUUCAAUUCUAUCACUCUGUAAUAGCCUAAUAGGUGUGAUAUACUAAGAAAUUACUGUAUUAUGUUGUAACCUGUAACCACAUAGCAUGUGACUGCAUAUGAUAUGAAUAUGGACCACAAAAGGAAUUGAAUACAAAAAACUAACUUCUCGAGGCAUUGUUGUAGUGUUUCAUAGUUGAAAGAAAUUUGGGCUUUUCUUCUUUUAAA